AGAAUCUCGUGUCAUUUUUCUCUCCUCGUUGUACGUACGUAUUUUUUUCUCGUUGCCACCAUCUUGAAUCGGGUUGGCUUCUUUAAAAAAGUCUGCUCAGUUUGUUCUUACUGACGACGGUUUUUUGUUAAGUUUGAACGUUCCCGGCAUAUGUCCGUCAUCGAUUUCCGCAUUUGAAAUUUGCUCUUUUCCUUCAUUCUGCGAGUCUUUUCACGACUACAGCAAAGAAGAAGAAGAGCGAAGAAUUCCGUCAGCAGAGGAAGUACGCCGGAAUAUUAGGAAGUGACAACGACGGGAUGACAUUACCCAGCAGUGCUCGAGUUUAUGCGGACGUUAAUUCGCACAAGCCCCGCGAGUAUUGGGAUUAUGAGAAUUAUGUUGUUGAUUGGGCUAACCAAGACGACUAUCAACUGGUUCGAAAGCUUGGCCGUGGCAAAUAUAGUGAAGUGUUUGAAGCUAUUAAAAUUACCAACAACGAAAAGUGUGUGGUGAAAAUUUUAAAACCAGUCAAAAAGAAGAAAAUCAAACGAGAAAUCAAGAUUCUGGAGAAUCUGCGCGGUGGCACGAAUAUCAUUACGCUAUUGGCUGUAGUGAAAGAUCCCGUUUCGCGCACACCUGCUUUAAUUUUUGAGCAUGUGAAUAAUACUGAUUUUAAGCAGCUAUAUCAGACACUUACCGAUUAUGACAUCCGGUACUAUCUGUACGAGCUCUUGAAAGCGUUGGAUUAUUGUCACAGUAUGGGAAUUAUGCACCGUGAUGUUAAGCCGCAUAAUGUAAUGAUUGAUCAUGAAAAUCGCAAACUGCGGUUGAUCGAUUGGGGUUUGGCUGAGUUCUACCAUCCAGGACAGGAGUACAACGUUCGUGUUGCUAGUCGCUAUUUUAAAGGACCCGAAUUACUAGUCGAUUAUCAAAUGUAUGAUUAUUCACUGGAUAUGUGGUCACUUGGAUGUAUGCUUGCUUCGAUGAUCUUUCGAAAGGAACCAUUUUUUCAUGGUCAUGAUAAUUACGACCAAUUGGUGCGUAUCGCUAAAGUCUUGGGCACCGAGGAUUUGUUUACGUAUCUCGACAAAUACAAUAUUGAAUUGGAUCCUCGCUUCAACGACAUCCUCUCGAGACACUCCCGUAAGCGAUGGGAACGUUUUGUGCAUUCUGAAAAUCAACAUCUUGUAUCACCAGAAGCAUUGGAUUUCUUGGAUAAGCUGCUUCGUUAUGACCAUUAUGAGCGUCUUACUGCAAGGGAAGCUAUGGAACAUCCUUAUUUUGCGAUCAUCGUUAACGGUCAAAUGCCUCCACCGUCGUCCUCUGCAAAAGGAAGCAACCAAUAAAAAUUGUACUGUAAUCACAUCUAAUACCUACAAUAAACGAUGAAGAAGUAUAAAACUAA